GUACUAGUCGGUUUCGGUACGGUGUUUACAACGGAAACUUUAGUUGUCUGCUCGCGAUUUUGAUUCGAUGCUAUAAAACGGCAAGCAAAUCAAAAUCUUAGCAUCAUUUACACCAAGCUUCGGCAAGUGAACGGAACGGUCAAUUAGGCAUUACUUCUGACAAGCAAAUGAUAAGACAGUGAAGUGCAAAGUAUGUGAUAUAUGAGAUAUCUGCGAAAUCAAAUAGUAUAGAAGUCCACUAUGGAAGCUGUUUUCACAAUCAACGGAAAACUUUUCAAAGUGAAGGCUGGCGAUUUACCGGUGGACACUUCUUUGGGGACGUUUAUCAGGAAAAAUGCACAACUCAGCGGAACUAAAAUGGUUUGCAGAGAGGGUGGCUGUGGAGCCUGUAUUGUUAAUGUUAGCGAAGAACACCCAGUACAAAAAACACGAAGAAGUCGGGCCGUGAACUCUUGUCUUUUGCCAGUGCUCUCUUGUCAUGGAUUAGACAUUACGACGGUUGAAGGAAUUGGCAACAAGGUGAAGGGAUUCCACACAAUACAGCGGCGAUUGGCGCAUUUCAACGGAACCCAGUGUGGUUUUUGUUCCCCGGGAAUGGUCAUGAAUAUGUAUAGUCUACUGGAGGCCAAUGAGGGCCAAGUUACGAUGGAGCAAGUGGAAAACUCAUUCGGUGGUAAUUUGUGUCGUUGUACCGGUUACCGACCGAUUCUCGAUGCUUUCAAAUCACUAAGUAUUGAUGCAGAUUCCAAGUUGUUGCUGGCAUGUCAGGAAAUUGAAGAGCUACCCAAAAUUUGCCACAAUACAGGCAAAUCCUGUCAAGGGUCUUGCGAGAUAAAAAAAAUAGCAGAUCUACAUAUGAUAUUUGAGGACGAACGUGAGUGGCAUAAGGUGUACAAUCUGGACGAUACACUAGCUCUUUUGAAUGAUAUAGGUCAGAAGCAUUACAUGUUGGUUGCUGGAAAUACUUCGCAUGGGGUUUACCGUCGAGAACCAAGCAUCGAGAUGUUUAUAGAUGUCAGCUCCGUUAAAGAGUUGAAGUCAUAUUCGAUAACUAAUGAAGAACUAAUUAUCGGCGCAGGCGUAUCACUGACCGAAUUUAUGGAGAUACUAAAUGAGGCUGCUAAAAAACAAUCUGUCUUUAAGUACUGUGAAGACUUGUCCAGGCAUGUCGAUUUAAUUGCCAAUAUUCCUGUAAGGAACUCCGGAACAAUAGCGGGAAAUUUGUGUUUGAAAAAUAGGUAUAACGAUUUUCCGUCAGAUUUGUAUGUUAUCCUUGAGGCUGUCGGAACUAAAUUUCAAAUAACUAAGACAGAUGGCACAAUAACUACUUUACCUUUACAUGCAAUAUGUACCAUAGAGAUGAAGAAGAAAAUUCUGCUAAACGUCAUUCUUCCUCCCUUGGAUCCUAACAGAUUUGAUUUUAAAUCGUAUAAAGUAAUGCCCCGGGCUCAAAGUGUACACGCUUACGUGAACGCAGCUUUUCUUGUAGAAAUCAAAACCUCGCUCUCGACAGUAGAAUCCGUUUCGAUCUGUUUCGGUGGCAUCCACAAAGAUUUCACUCAUGCCAUCAAAACAGAAAACUAUCUUCGAGGCAAAAAUCCAUUCUCGAACGAAAUUCUACAAAAUACUCUGCAGAUUUUAUCCGAGGAAAUUGUUCCAUGCGAUAAUCCAUCAGAGGCUACUUCCAGCUACCGAAAACAUCUUACAACAUCUCUUUUAUAUCGUGCCAUACUGAGUAUUGCAAUGAAACGACGAAUCACAACCAAUGAUCGGUACCAAACAGGGGCCACCGGUUUACUGCGACCACUAUCUUCCUCCAAGCAAGAGUUUCAAACCCUGGAGAAAAAAUGGCCGAUGACGAAGAAUAUUCCCAAAGUUGAAGGUCUGGCACAAACAGCUGGAGAAGCCAAAUACAUCGAAGACCUGCCGAUCAUACCAAAUGAGCUUUACGGAGCAUUCGUGCUUGCUACAAGCCCUCGUACCAGAAUUCAUCGUAUUGAUCCGGCAGCCGCGCUGCACCUAGAAGGAGUUGAAGCUUUCUACUCUGCUAAAGAUAUUCCUGGUCGAAACGAUUUUAUGCCAACUGAGCUGGACAAUCCCGAAACGGAAGAGAUAUUCGCUAGCGACAAAGUACUUUACUACGGUCAACCGGUUGGAGUUGUUCUAGCCCAAUCCUUCGAGCUAGCUCAUCGUGCGGCGAAACUUGUGGAGGUUAUCUACGACGAAAGAGACGAUAAACCAAUACUGCCAACCCUAAAACAUGUUUUAGCAGCAAACGCAACCGAUCGGUUGCACGAUCAGCCCUACGACGAGCAAGGUGAGCAUUACAGGGAUAUUACAGAGAAAAGUUUAAAAAAUAUUACCGGUAGCUUCGAGCUUCCCGGACAAUUCCAUUUUUCAAUGGAAUCGCAAACCUGCAUCUGCGUCCCUACGGAGGAUGGAAUGAAUGUGUACAGUUCAACACAGUGGGUUGAUCUCUGCCAGGUUGCGAUCGCACAGGCUCUCAAUAUUCCGGAAAACUGUUUGAAUUUCUACAUCCGUCGACUGGGCGGAACAUUUGGGGCGAAAAUUACACGGGCAUCGCAAACCGCCUGCGCUUGUGCGAUUGCCGCCUAUUUCAGUCAACGGCCAGUACGACUGAUUAUGUCACUGGAAUCGAACAUGGAAGCCAUCGGUAAACGUGCUUCCUGUGUUAGCAAGUAUGAGGUGGAUGUCGAUGAAAAUGGCAAAAUAGGCAGACUAUUGAACAACUACGUGGAAGACUACGGAUGCAGCUUAAAUGACCCAAUUGUGAUGGUCACAGCACAAUUUUACAAGAACUGCUACGAUGCAAGCCGAUGGAAGGUGGUAGGCAAAGCUGCCAUUACGGAUUCAGCUAGUAAUACGUGGUGUCGUGGCCCUGGUACUAACGAAGGGAUCACCAUGAUUGAGAAUAUCUUGGAACACGUAGCGCAUGUUGUGAACAAAGAUCCACUAGCAGUUAGGUUGGAGAAUAUGAGCAAAGAUUGUAAGAUACGUACACUGCUUCCCGAUUUUAUAAGCGAUGUUGAGUACGAAAAACGUAAAUGGCUAGUCGAGCAGUAUAACGCAGCACAUCGCUGGAAGAAGCGUGGGAUUGCGGUAGUUCCUAUGCAGUACCCACAAGCAUUCUUCGGACAGAUGCAUGCGCUGGUUUCAAUAUAUCAUAUGGACGGAACUGUGUCCAUAACAACGGGUGGAAUCGACAUUGGACAAGGAGUAAACACUAAGGUAACCCAGGUGGCAGCAUACGUUCUGGGUGUGCCAAUUUCGAAGAUCAGCAUAAAAGGAAUGAGUAAUUUAACAUCACCCAAUGCUAGUGUCUCCGGUGGAAGUAUGACCAGCGAAGCAGCAAGCUUUGCCGUGAAAAAAGCGUGCGAUAUAUUGGUAGAGCGAAUUAAACCAAUACGCGAGGAGUAUCCUGGAAGAUCAUGGGAAGAAAUAACUCAACAUUGUUACAAGAGUCAGGUAGACCUGUGCGCCAUGUAUCAGUACAAACAGGGAGAUAUUACAAACUACAUAGUUUGGGGCCUGUGCUGUUCUGAGAUAGAGGUUGAUAUUUUAACUGGAAACGUUCAAAUUCUUCGUGUUGACAUCCUAGAGGAUACUGGAGAGAGCAUCAGUCCGGGAAUUGACAUAGGACAGAUCGAGGGGGCAUUUGUAAUGGGAAUUGGGUUGUAUUUCACAGAAAACCUCAUCUACAGUGAUGAAAAUGGCCAGUUGUUAACCAAUCGUACUUGGAACUAUCAUCUGCCAGGAGCAAAGGAUGUUCCCGUUGAUUUCAGGGUGAAAUUAAUCCACAAUACGUACAACGAAAGUUUUGUGCUACGAUCUAAGACUACGGGUGAACCAGCGUUAAACUUAACCAUCGCCCUAUUAUUCGCAUUGAGACGAGCGUUAAACUCGGCUCGGAAAGAAGCAGGGCUAUCUAGCGAAUGGUAUACAAUGACCACUCCAAUGACUCCGGAGCAAAUAUGUUUACUUGCUGGAAGUAAGUUGGAACAGUUCAAAUUACAAUAACCUGUAUUUAAUUAUGGUGAAGGAAGUUAAUAAAGUUGAUCUUUUGAAUACAAAGAA